ACGGGACCGCAGCACCGGGACGGGACCGCAGCACCGGGACAGAAACAAAACCUCCGCGCAGGAUGAACUGAAGUAAAGGCUGCUGGAACAAGAGGAAAACGACAUGAAGAAAUCACGGUUCACCAGGGAGGAUUUGCUUUCUCAUGAAACGUAGUAUUUUUGCUCCAUCUGUCACGCUGCUUCACACGGGUGGACGUGAAGAGGACGUUAAAGACUGACUAAGGGAGUCAGAGAACAGAUGAGUCACUUAUGAGUGAUAGAUGAUGUAACAAUGUUAGUCUUCCAGCUGACCAUGGAGCUAAUUGGACCGACGGAAAGGGAGAAAGUGUUUUUUCUCAUACGUUGACUUUGCCGAUGUCAAAACAAGUUACGAUCUCAGGCAGGGGAGAGGCAAUGACCUAAUUCAGAUAAAAUGACCUCAUACUGAUAAGUAGCCGGCCUCCUCCCUGGGUGAUGGAAAAUAAUCACAAAUGGACUCUUAUCUUCGUGGCUGGAGUGUGUGAGGUUACAUGAUUUUUUUUUUUUUGUAUGUGUGUUUGUGUUUAACUCGGAGGAGUGAUUUUUGAUGCUUCACGCAGCGAUGUUGCGGCGUGGUCUGCUAGCUUGGGUCUCCCGUGUCGGAGGCGUGCUGGUGCUCCUCUGCUGCUCCCUGUCGCUCCUCUAUGUGAUGACCUGCAGUCCACCGCACUCUGAUGACCCUCCGCUGAGCCAUGCACUACCUCGAGCUGGACCCAACCACCCCAGUCUUGUGGGCACAGGGCCGGAGGUUGGAGCGGGAGCCGGCGGGACAGGAGGAGCCCGAGCAGGGGCUGCUCAAAGCGGCGGACCCCCCGGUGAUCCAUCUUAUCAGGUGCUCCUCCAAGAGCGUGAGGAGCAGCACCGCCUCCACAUCUCCUCCUUGAAGAAGCAGAUAGCUCAGCUGAAGGAGGCUUUGCAGGAGCGUAGCCAUCAGCUGAAAGGAGUGCAGGAGAGCCUGAAGAGAGCCAUCGGGGGCCCAGCAGGGGGACAGGAAGCCGGGGCUGGGUCCCAGGGCGGUGGUCUCGGGGAGGCUCUGGGAUCCAGGAGCCAGCAGGCAGACCUCCAGGAGUUCCUGCGGAGCCAACUGUCGAAGGCAGAAGUGUCUGCUGGAUCACGAUUGCCCAGCGAGUACGCAGUGGUGCCCUUUGAGAGUUUCACCCUUCAGAGGGUGUACCAGCUGGAGAUGGGGCUGACGCGUCACCCCGAGGAGAAGCCUGUGAGGAAGGACAAGAGAGAGGCGCUGGGGGAGGUGCUGGAGACGGCCCUGCACAGCCUCAACACGCCAUCAUCCCAGCAAGACAGCAGGAGUGAAGCAGAUAACACUCAAACAAGCAAAGUGUACGCACCAACUGACUUCGUAGAAGGUAUUACCCGUACAGAGAAGGACAAAGGGACGCUGUACGAGCUGACCUUCAGAGGGGAGUCCAGUAACGAAUUCAGACGCCUGGUCCUCUUCCGUCCCUUUGGACCGCUGAUGAAGGUGAAAAACGAGAGGGUGAACACAGCCAACAUCCCCAUCAACAUCAUCGUCCCGCUGUCCAGACGCACAGACAAGUUCAAACAUUUCAUGCACAACUUCAGGGACGUCUGUGUGCGUCAGGACGGCCGGGUCCAUCUGACGGUGGUGUAUUUUGGGAACGAGCAGAUGAGCGAAGUCCGCAGCACUCUGGAGAACACAUCCAGGGAAGUUAAUUUUAAGAACUUCACUCUGCUGCAGCUGGACGAGGAGUUUUCUCGCGGACGAGGUCUAGACGUCGGGGCCCGAGCCUGGAAGGGAGGCAACGUGCUGCUUUUCUUCUGCGAUGUGGACAUCUACUUCACCGCCGACUUCCUCAACACCUGUCGACUCAACACCCAGCCCGGUAAAAAGGUGUUCUACCCGGUGUUAUUCAGCCAGUACAACCCCACCCUGAUCUACGGAAGUCAAGAACACGUCCCACCUGUGGAGCAACAGCUGGUGAUCAAGAAAGACACAGGGUUCUGGAGGGAUUUUGGUUUUGGCAUGACCUGCCAAUACAGGUCCGACUUCAUCAACAUAGGAGGUUUCGACAUUGACAUCAAAGGCUGGGGCGGCGAAGAUGUCCACCUGUACAGGAAGUACCUCCACAGCAACCUCCUGGUGGUCCGAGCUCCGUCACGAGGCUUGUUCCACCUGUGGCACGAGAAGCACUGCACUGAUGAGCUUCCUCCAGACCAGUACCGCAUGUGCAUGCAGUCUAAGGCCAUGAACGAGGCCUCACAUGGCCAGCUGGGGAUGCUCUUCUUCAGGCACGAGAUCGAAGCUCACCUCCGCAAACAGAAACAGCAGCAAAACACAAACCCCAAGAAGUCAUGAAGGCUCCAAGAUGGUUUGAUUAUAAUCACCACAAUGACUGCAAUCAGCUGAAAUGACUCAGAAGAAUUCAACUGAUCUGAACUUCAUCCGAAUUUAAAGGAAUAGCAUUUUGGAAAUUCCUGCCAAGAGUUAGAUAAGAUUGUUACCACUUUUGUGUCUAAAUGUGGAGCUAGAUUAGCUUUCUGGAGAGCUCCACACUAGUUUUUCUUAGUUUUCCUCUGUUUCCCUGUCUCUAUGCUAAGCUAAGCUAACUGUCUCCUUUGCAUGAAAAUAUAAGAGGUGUGGAGUUAUCGAUCUUCUCAUCUAACUCCCAGCACGAACGCGUAUAAGCCCAGAAUGUCGAACUAUUCCUCUUUGGAAAAAUGUGAAGACUUUUGACUUUUCAAGGACUCAGGGCACUUUGUUGCUCUGGAAAGGACAACAUAAAAUUUAGAUGAAUCAAAACUGACUUGAGGAAUUCAACUGGAGUUGAAUAUUAAUCAACAGAUCUCCUGCCUGAAAUGUCAGUUUGUAAUUGAAUGUCCAUUUUUAUUUUCCUCUGCAUCUGCAGAAAGGUCUUUCAGAAAGAGAAGACGGCACCAACGUUUGAGCUACAAAGUGUCUCUGACCCAUGUGCCUUCUGUGAACCUGAACACUGUCUCUCCUCAGCUGGCUAGUGAAAAUUUAACUGUACAUGUUUUUAUGUGUAGGGAAACAGAGCCACCUAGUGGACGAAAGUGAAACAUGUCGGUGCAUAAACAAUGAAGGACUCUUUUAAAGCCUGGAAUGGCCAAAACAUAUUAUUUUUUAUAAAUUAUUCAUUCCUUUAUUUAUGUAUGUUAUUUCAUAGUUUAUUAUUUCUGAUGCAGUUGCUGCAUGGACAGUAUUAUGUGUGGGCCAUGGAUUGACAGUAUCUAUGGGUAUUUGUCAGUAAAAUGUUUUUAUCGAUAAGCGUUCUCAAUAAGAGACGGACGUAACUACGCCCAAAAUAUAACUAAAGAUACAUUUAUUUUUUAAAUAUUUAAUUUGAAGAAUAAAACAUGAUGUAGAGUCAUUAGUGUUUUUUGUCACAUAAGUAAUUUGUGGACACAUAAUUAUGAUUAGGAUUACUGACUGUCCUGACAUUGACGAUGAGUUAAUAAGUCAGAAUGAGACUUAUUGAUUCUAAAAUAUUUGUUUCUGUCAAUCAAAUGAUAUGUAUUACUAAGCAGUAACAGAAACUGGAGAUGUAGUAGAUUUAGAGAUAUAACUGCCUCAAUGGUUACUUUAUAUUAGAUUUAAUAUAACAGUCUCCCAUAAAUCUGGCUCCAGCACUUCAAUCAAAAGGAGCUGCACAUUUGGUGGAUGACCAAAGAUGUGAAAAGAGGCACUUUUUAAAUCAUGUCUUUAUUGUUUGCCAUUGGAACAUUCCUUGUUAAAAAGAAUACAUCGAAUGGCUUUGAAAUGUAAGUUUCAAGUUUAUUUUUUCACUUCAUGUAAAUUAGUUUAAUAAAACA